CACACACACACACACAAAACAGUUUAAAAAAAAAAACAAAAGAAACCAAAAACCUCAUCGUGCAGUGUCUACAUGGGUUGCGAAGACGAACAAUUGGUGAAAACAAUAUGCGACCUCUACGAAAAGAUCUCAAAGCUCGAGAGUCUUAAACCAUCCGAAGAUGUUAACGUUCUAUUCAAGCAGCUCGUUUCCACAUGCAUCCCGCCUAACCCUAGCAUCGACGUCACCAAGAUGUGUGAGACUGUCCAAGAGAUUCGACUUAACCUCAUCAAGAUCUGUGGCGAAGCCGAAGGUCACUUAGAACAUCAUUUCUCUUCGAUCUUGACCUCUUUUCAAGACAACCCACUUAACCAUUUAAACAUUUUCCCUUAUCACAACAACUAUCUAAAACUCGGAAAGCUCGAAUUCGACCUCCUCACGCAAAACCUAAAUGGCUCUGUCCCAAAGAGCGUGGCUUUCGUUGGAUCUGGUCCUCUCCCUCUCACUUCCAUCGUUCUUGCUUCAUCCCAUCUCAAGGACACAAUCUUUCACAACUUUGACAUCGACCCAUCUGCGAAUUCACUCGCUUCUCUUCUGGUUUCCUCUGAUCCAGACAUCUCUCAACGCAUGUUCUUCCACACCGUUGAUAUAAUGGACGUUACAGAGAGCUUGAAGAGCUUCGACGUCGUGUUUCUAGCUGCUCUUGUUGGGAUGAACAAGGAGGAGAAAGUUAAAGUGAUCGAGCAUCUGCAGAAACACAUGGCUCCAGGUGCUGUGCUCAUGCUGAGGAGUGCACACGGUCCGAGAGCGUUUCUUUAUCCGGUCGUUGAACCGAGUGAUCUUCAAGGGUUCGAGGUUUUGUCUAUUUAUCACCCGACAGAUGAUGUUAUCAACUCCGUGGUAAUCUCAAAAAAGCUUCCUGUUGUCUCCACUGGGAAUGUUGGUGGACCCUCAUGCUUGCUUAAGUCCUGCAAUUGUUCCAAGAUCCACGCCAUAAUGAACAAGAAGAAGAAGAAGAACAUGAUGAUCGAAGAGUUUGGAGCCAGGGAGGAACAAUUGUCUUAAAAGGACGUUGCUUGUUUCUUAAUUUUCUAUAUUUG